AUACCGCUAAGCAUUUCAAGCAACAGAAAUAACUGGGGAAUAGAAUAUAAAAAAAAAGAAGAAAAAAAAGAAAAACAUUUGGACUUUGUGGUGAGAGGAGAAAAAAAAUGGAAAAUGAAUUACGUGAUAACGAGGUUAAUUGUAAUACACAGUCGUUAAGGAUUGAUUUUACUGAAGAUGAAACAGAAGAAGAAGGGAAAACAUCAUUUCACUGUGAUGUCUGCAACAAGUCCUUCUUUCUCAAAGAUGAACAGACGAUUCACAAAUGUUUCCAUGCAGGAGAGGAUCUCUAUCGCUGUGACAUCUGUGGUAAAUCAUUCUCUGAAAAGGUUCGUUUGACCACACAUAAACACAUUCACGCAGGUGUCGAGCCGUAUCGCUGUAACACCUGUGGUAAAUCAUUCUCUCAGAAUCACCACUUAACUACUCACAAAUACAUUCACACAGGAGAGAAACCUUAUCACUGUGAUAUCUGUGGUAAAUCAUUCUCUCAAAAUCACCACUUAACUGCUCACAAAUACAUUCACACAGGAGAGAAACCAUAUCAGUGUGAUAUCUGUGGUAAAUCAUUCUCUUUAAAUCAUCACUUAGCUAAACACAAACGUAUUCAUACAGGAGAGAAACCUUAUCAUUGUGAUAUCUGUGGUAAAUCAUUCUCUCAAAAUCAAAACUUAACUAAACACAAAUACAUUCACACAGGAGAGAAACCUUAUCAUUGUGAUAUAUGUGGUAAAUCAUUCUCUCAUAAUCAGCACUUAACUAAACACAAAUACAUUCAUACAGGAGAGAAACCUUAUCAUUGUGAUAUCUGUGGUAAAUCAUUCUCUCAGAAUCACCACUUAACUAAACACAAAUACAUUCACACAGGAGAGAAACCUUAUCAUUGUGAUAUAUGUGGUAAAUCAUUCUCUCAGAAUCCCCACUUAACUACUCACAAAUACAUUCACACAGGAGAGAAACCUUAUCAGUGUGAUAUCUGUGGUAAAUCAGUCUCUCAGGAUCAAAACCUAACUAAACAAAUACAUUCACACUGGAGAGAAACCUUAUCACUGCUAUAUCUGUGGUAAAUCAUUCUCUCAGAAUUUUGUGUUGACUACACACAUGCGUAUUCAUACAGAAGAAAAACCAUAAAACUGAUAUUUGUGGUAAAUCAUUCUCACAAAAUCAACAUUUAACUAAACACAAACCCUUCCAUACUGGAGAGAAACCAUUCUACUGUGAUACCUGUGGAAAGUCAUUCGCUGGUGACUUAAAUCCUCAUAAACACAUUCAUAGUAAAGAGAAGCCGUAUCACUGUGAUAUCUGUGGUAAAUCAUUCUCUUUAAAUCAUCACUUAGCUAAACACAAACUUAUUCAUACAGAAGGGAGGCCAUAUCACUGCGAUAUCUGUGGAAAGUCUUUUUCACAGAGCGAUGUCUUAAUCAAACACAAACGUGUUCACACAGGAGAGACGCCAUACGUGUG